AUGGAGGCCCUGAUGUCACAUAUUAUGAAGAGCACCGCUUACCGGAUGCACCAGAAGACACGCCACCUUCCCCUAGAUCUCUCCAACUACAAGCGUUUGGAUCACACAUGUGAUCCUUUCGUCAACCAGGAAGAUCUGCGCAGCGAGACGCUUGAUAUUGCAUUAUCGUCGCCUAUCGUCCGUCGGUGUGCGCCGAGUGCCGGGACUGUAUUAGAAUCGGACUCUUCAGUGACGGAGAGCAGCGGAUACGUGUCUGGUUUAAGCGACGACAGUGUUCAAACCAACAGGGAGUUCAAGACACCUUCACCACAGCUACACGUGGCACAUGCUCAUCCGUUUUCUAUUGAAGCUCUUCUCGCCGACGUAACGAGUAUUUCUGGUGAAACACCUUCCGCUCCGGCCAUCAUAACCAGUACGUUAAGUCCGUAUUCGGCAUCCAUGCAACACCUCCAACAGGUGACCAGACAACCAAAGAACGAGCCAUCCUUCAGAUUUUCAAAAGAUGCAGACACGUUUUGGUGUCACGCCUGUAAUGCUCUUUGUGUUGACGGCCGAGACGCACAGAACCAUCAGCGCAUCCACCAACUCCAGGACGCCCCAAUCGGUCUCCGGAAGUCGCUGUUCUCCAAGCACGACUAUGUCACGCGACACAUCCGGUUGAACGAUGAGCGUUUUCAAUGCGGCCUUUGCGACAAAGUGGUGGCGCAUUGUUUCUUCACGAAGCAUCAGCGACUGCACAACGGCUACUUCUGCGAGAUUUGCAGGAAUGAGUUCAGCACCAACAGCCGCCUCCGAGAUCACAUGAACGUCCACUCCGGAAAUACGCCGUUUACGUGCUCCAUCUGCGACCGGAAGUUCUCCAAACGCUCUUCGCUCACCCAGCACUACCGCUACCAUCGUGAUCACCGCAGCUUCAAGUGCGGAUACUGCGCAAAGUAUUUCAACAGCAAGUACGCAUGCGCGGUGCACGAGCGUCUGCACACCGGGGAAAGCCCCUUCCGGUGCACGGUACCCGGAUGUGGUAACGCGUAUCCACAGAAGAUUCAGCUGAAACUGCAUAUGUGUUCUCACAAAAUGUCACCUUGGACUUAA